GGUCGCCUGCGGCCACACUAUUUGUGUUCGAGAUUUCAUAAUUCCCUAAUCGGCGAGGAAAACACGAAUAAAACCCCGUUUAGCAGCGUUUAUAAUGUCGGCAUCGGAGCAGGGACCUAAGAUCAAGUACGGGGAUAGCGCUCCGAAGCUGGACAAGGCGCAGCUGCAGUUCAUGAAGCUGAUUGAGGAACAGAACCUGGACCGCGUGCAAAAGUUGAAGCGCAUUCGCCGCAACAAUCUCCUGACCGCCGGCGCCCUGGGCGUCUCUGUUUUGGCCAUCUACGGCUACUCGAUCUUCUCCGUGCAGCAGGAGAAGUUCCUGGACGACUUCGAGGAGCCCAAGAAGGUGUCCUCUUAGCUCUAGUCCCUGUUAGUUUCCCCUAGUUCUUAAGCGUUUUCUUCAUUUUACACACCUUUUUACACUUUUGAAGUUGUUGCACAACAGGAUGACCCAAGCAAGUGCUCGUGUGCUUCAGAGCGGGAUGCGCCUGCCUCCCAUGCCCACCAUUCGGGAGCUGGUGAAGCUCUACAGGCUGCAGGCCAGGAAACAGCUCAGCCAGAACUUCCUCAUGGACGAGCGGCUCA